CUUUUGCUUGUCAAAUCCAUGUGUUGUCCAGCGGGUAAUCAACCCAAAGUUCCGGAUCCGGACCCAACAGUAAGCAACAUUUUACGAUUCGUUGUUUUUGAAUCCCAAUGAAAAAAAAGAUGGUUAUUUUUAAGGAAUGGAAAAAUCGAGAAAAAUGGUAUCGUGUCGCAUCGAGGACUUAUUACGUAUGGCGAGAGAGCUCAAACCAAAAGAUCACCGCCUCGACUGAUUCAUCUUUUCUCCUGAUUCUUGGCAGGCUUCUCUUGGUCUAAGUGAAUUUGGAGUUAUGCUUCUGUCAGCACUUUUAACUUCAGUGGGAAUCAAUCUUGGCCUCUGUUUUCUCUUCUUCACUUUGUAUUCAAUAUUGAGAAAGCAGCCUAGUAAUGUCACUGUAUACGGUCCACGUCUUGUUAAAAAAGAUGGCAAGUCUCAGCAGUCAAAUGAGUUCAACCUCGAGAGGCUUUUGCCUACUGCUGGUUGGGUCAAAAGAGCAUUGGAACCUACCAAUGAUGAAAUCCUCUCCAAUCUUGGCUUAGAUGCUUUGGUCUUCAUUCGUGUCUUUGUCUUCAGCAUAAGAGUGUUUAGCUUUGCAUCUGUGGUUGGGAUCUUCAUACUUCUUCCAGUGAAUUAUAUGGGAACAGAGUUUGAAGAGUUUUUCGACCUCCCAAAGAAGUCUAUGGAUAACUUCAGUAUCUCUAAUGUUAACGAUGGAUCAAAUAAGCUGUGGAUCCACUUUUGCGCAAUAUACAUCUUCACGGCGGUUGUUUGUUCUCUACUUUACUAUGAGCACAAGUACAUUUUAACAAAGCGGAUUGCUCAUCUUUAUUCAUCCAAGCCUCAGCCACAAGAAUUUACAGUUCUGGUCAGUGGCGUCCCUCUUGUAUCCGGGAACAGUAUUAGUGAGACAGUAGAAAACUUUUUCAGGGAAUAUCAUUCUUCCUCGUAUCUUUCUCAUAUAGUUGUUCAUCGGACAGACAAGUUGAAAGUUCUCAUGAAUGAUGCUGAGAAGCUGUACAAGAAGCUUACACGAGUAAAAUCCGGAAGCAUAUCUCGCCAAAAGUCUAGGUGGGGUGGGUUUCUAGGGAUGUUUGGGAAUAAUGUUGAUGUGGUUGACCAUUACCAAAAGAAGCUUGAUAAGUUAGAAGAUGACAUGAGAUUGAAACAGUCUUUAUUAGCAGGAGAGGAAGUUCCAGCUGCUUUUGUUUCCUUUAGGACAAGACAUGGUGCUGCAAUAGCAACAAACAUUCAGCAAGGAAUAGAUCCAACACAAUGGCUAACUGAGGCAGCCCCGGAGCCCGAAGAUGUUCAUUGGCCAUUUUUCACUGCAUCGUUUGUGAGAAGAUGGAUCUCCAAUGUAGUGGUGCUUGUGGCUUUCGUAGCUCUUUUGAUCCUAUACAUUGUCCCCGUUGUAUUGGUUCAAGGUCUUGCUAAUCUUCACCAGUUGGAGACUUGGUUCCCUUUUCUAAAAGGAAUAUUAAAUAUGAAAAUCGUGAGUCAAGUGAUUACGGGAUAUCUUCCGAGUCUCAUUUUCCAGCUUUUCCUUCUUAUAGUACCACCCAUUAUGCUUCUACUUUCCUCAAUGCAAGGAUUCAUUUCUCAUAGCCAGAUUGAGAAAUCUGCAUGUAUCAAGCUUCUAAUCUUUACUGUAUGGAACAGUUUCUUUGCAAAUGUACUGUCCGGAUCUGCCCUUUAUCGUGUUAAUGUGUUCCUUGAACCUAAGACUAUUCCUCGUGUGCUUGCUGCAGCUGUGCCAGCACAGGCAUCGUUCUUUGUAUCUUAUGUUGUGACCUCUGGAUGGACUGGUUUAUCAUCAGAGAUCCUCCGUUUGGUUCCUCUUCUUUGGAGUUUCAUAACGAAACUUUUCGGCAAGGAAGAUGACAAAGAAUUUGAGGUUCCUUCAACUCCUUUCUGCCAAGAAAUCCCAAGGAUUCUAUUUUUUGGACUCCUCGGUAUAACUUACUUCUUCCUUUCGCCAUUGAUACUGCCUUUCUUGUUGGUCUACUAUUGUCUUGGAUAUAUCAUCUACCGCAACCAGGUAACGGAACCAAUCUCACUCCUAAGUAUAAUUCUCUGUUGAUCUCUGAUAAAAUCAUAUAGGAAUCAGCUACACAUAUUUUCGUUAUAUGGAAUCUCACUUUUAUCUUCUCUUUAUAUGUGAUCCCUUUUCUAAAUUCUCGAAUAGCAUCUUUAAACCGAAAGUAUUUUUUGGAGCUUCAGUCAUGACAUAAACGUUACAUCAAGAAUCCAUUUUCUCGUCACAUAAUUCUUUUUCUUCUUAAUGAAUCCAUUGCAACUUGUUGAUAGAAAUAACAUCACCUUUUUGUGCUGCAGCUCCUAAACGUAUAUGCGGCCAAGUAUGAAACUGGUGGAAAGUUUUGGCCAAUAGUUCACAGCUAUACUAUCUUCUCUUUGGUACUAAUGCACAUUAUUGCAGUCGGAUUAUUCGGGCUUAAAGAGCUUCCAGUGGCAUCUUCUUUAACAAUUCCCCUUCCGGUUCUCACGGUCCUUUUCAGCAUUUACUGCCAAAGACGGUUUUUACCAAAUUUCAAAUCUUAUCCUACCCAGUGUCUGGUAAACAAAGAUAAAGCAGACGAGAGAGAGCAAAACAUGUCUGAAUUCUAUUCGGAACUCGUUGUUGCUUACCGAGAUCCUGCACUUUCGGCAUCACAGGACUCGAGAGAUAUCUCACCUUGAGAUCACCUUUUUACUUGAGCUAUUGAAGUUUGCUUAUGUUGAAGCUGUUGGUUUACUAUACCUGGUGCAAUCCAUGAAAGAACACACUAAACCGGUUGUCUUGUACAUUGGGUCUUAACCGAGAAUCAAGCGGUUUUUGUCUUGUACAUUUGCUUACACUUGGCUUGUGUAAAAAAGAAAAAAAGUUUAUGUCAAUGUAUCUCUCUAAACCGGUUUAAGACGGUACAAACUUUUUGAAAGAUGCCAAAACAAAACGGUGGUUAAUAAUUUUACCACAGAGAAUAUUUAGCAAAAAGAUGAUGACUAGAUGCCACGUCCGCAUGGGGGUAUAUAUUGUAAUUAGUCGUAACUCUGG